CGCUCACUCCCCUCACUCGCUCCAUUUUCCCUGAAACAGAGCCGCUGUAAUCGUUUGGUUCUCAGAAACCAAUGGCCGAAUCCGGCCGAUGCCGAAAGCGAAACUGGACGGAACUCCCCGACGAGUUAACGGCGGCGAUUCUUUCACGGCUGGGAGUGGUGGAGAUCCUAGAGAGCGCACAGAAAGUUUGCAUGAAGUGGCGUAAAAUCUCCAAGGACCCUCUCUUCUGGCGCAAAAUCGACAUGCGCAACGAUGGUGAUCUUGAUGACUGGGACUAUGUGUCCAUGUUCCGCCACGUCGUUGAUCGGAGCUCCGGUAAUGUCGUCGAUAUCAAUAUUGAGCACUUCGGCACCGACAAACUACUCACCUUUAUCACCGAAAGUGCGAGUACAAUCAGGCGCAUCCGACUAUUUUCUUGCGAUGAGGUAUCAGAUAAGGGAUUGAGUAGAAUGGCUUCGGAACUGCAGUUGUUGGAGGAACUUGACAUUUCAUUGUGCGCUGGUAUCUCACAUGAAGCUGUAAAAAUGGUUGGGCGCUCUUGCCCUCUUUUGAAGUCAUUCAAAUUCAACAAGGAGUGGUGCAGAUUCUCUGAUGAUGAGUCUGACUCUGACUCUGAUGAGUAUGGGUCUGACUUUGAUGAUAGUGAUGACGAUUAUGCACAUGCUCCUUUUGCUCAUGCUCCUGUUUUUCAUGCUCCUGUUGGUCAUGCUCGUGUUAGAAAAGAUGACAAUGCAGAUGCACUUGCUAUAGCAGGAACGAUGCAAGAUUUACACCACCUCCAGCUUUAUGGGAAUAAGCUUACAAAUGAUGGCUUGAGAAAAAUUCUUGAUUGUUGUCCUCAUCUUGAGUCACUUGAUCUGCGCCUUUGCUUCAAUCUCAAUAUGGGGAUAGAUUUAGAAACAAGAUGUGCUGAACGGAUUAAAAGGUUGUGGCUUCCCCAUGAUUCCAUAGAGGGAAAAGAAUUUACCGCUAGAUCAGAUGGGUACUGCUUCAAAUGGAUUGAACUCCCGGACAAUGUUACUAUGUCGAUACUGUCACGGCUUGGAACAAUUGAUAUCCUGGAGAGUGCUCAGAAGGUAUGCAUGAAGUGGCGCAAAAUCUGCAAGGAACUGAAGUGGAACACCAUAGACAUGCGCAAUGAUAGUGCUCCCGACAUUACCUUCGACCUAGAUAAGAUGUGCCGCCAUGUUGUUGAUCUUAGUUGUGGUAAUUUGGUCAAUGUGAAUGUUGAGGACUUUAUCUCGGAUGAGCUCCUAGAGUAUAUCACUGAUAGUUCGAGUGGAAUCAGACGCCUGCGACUUGUGUGUUCUUAUUACAUAUCAGAUGAGGGAUUGAUUGAAGUUGCAUCAAAACUUCCGCUGUUAGAGGACCUUGACAUCUCAUUAUGCGGAAAUUUGUCUCAUAAGCCUGUGAAAGUGCUUGGGCACUCUUGCCCUCUUUUGAAAUCAUUCAAAUUGAAUAAACAAUGGCACAAAUAUUCAGACAACUUCUUUGAAGAGAUUAUUGACGAUGAAGGUCCUUGGAGUAAAGAUGACGAUGCACUUGCUAUUGCAGGAACGAUGCAUGGUUUAUACCACCUGCAGCUUUUCGGGAAUCAGCUGACCAAUGAUGGCUUAAGGGCAAUUCUUGAUGGUUGUCCUCAUCUUGAGUCACUAGAUCUUCGCUAUUGUUUCAACCUUAAUCUGGAGGGAGAUUUGGGAAGAAGAUGCACUGAACAAAUUAAAAGAUUGUUGCUUCCCAAAGAUUCAAUUGCUGGAUAUGGAUUUCUGCCUUCUACCGAUUGGCAGCCUCCCAGAUCACCUAAAUAUAUUAUUGAUAAGCUUUUCUCCUGGUUAUGAGGAUUGUGAAUUGUCAUGUGGGAUUGAAGAAGUGACACCCUCUAGCUGCUGAAAUACCUGGGAGAUAGUGGUCUUGAAUUAAUUUGAAGGGGAAAAGAAACUUCAUCAAUCCAACUGGUUUAGACCUCCUCUGCAUCAGGCGUAGUUCUGGGAUGGCACUUCAAGACCUUUUGAAUUUUGUGGUUACAGCUCUGGCUGCAGGCACUUUCCUUGGGAAGGAGAUGAGACUAGUGUUUUCUUUAGUGCUGAUUCCUUUUGUAGUUUUCUGACAUCUCUCCCUUGUAUGCUUUGCAGACUGUUUAAUGUUAAGUUUUCUAUUCCAUCAUGAAAGAUUUAACUAAAUUUCGUAUAAUUUGGCAUAUUUAGCUUUUAGACAUUUUAGAUGAUGA